CUGGGUCGCACAGCGCCUGCCUCUCUGCGCGCGACCAGUCGAGGCGGGGCGAACCUCUGUUUUCCCGCCUGGUGGUGGCUCACAGCUCCCGCCCCUUUUCGCUCCGCUUUCCGGAGGCUUGGUUCCUCGCACCACGUGCCCUCCUGGCCGCUCCUCCCCCGCUGCCCGCCCUUUCCCCAACUGCCUGUUGGAAGCUGCUGUAAAAUGUCGUGAGGGGCGCUCCCGCUUUACGGCUGCCUCUCCCCAGACUGGAACCCGGGAGCGCCCACCGCCGUCAGCCCUGUCUGCAAAGAGGCGUCCCGGCGGAGACUGAGAGAACCGAGGCGCGCCGCUGCCCCUCCCUUCCGCGCCCGCUCCGGCCCUCGGCGAUGUGAGGCUCGAGGAGGCUGCGGUACCCGCCCCCCACCCCGGCCCGGCCCGGGGUUGAGACGGGCAGCAGGUGCCUGUGAAGGCGGGCGGGUGCUGGGGGCCUACAGGAUGGAGGAAAGCAUGGAAGAGGAGGAGGGGGGCAGCUACGAGGCGAUGAUGGACGACCAGAACCACAACAACUGGGAGGCAGCCGUGGAGGGCUUCCGGCAGCCCCCGCCACCCCCGCCUUCUAUCCCAGCCCCUGCCCGAGAGACUCCCGGGGGUCAGCUGCUGGCGAUGCCUGCGGUCUCCGUGGACAGGAAAGGCCCCAAGGAGGGGCUUCCAAUGGGGCCACCGCCGCCGCCGCCGGAGGCCAAUGGGGUGAUCAUGAUGUUGAAGAGCGGCGACGCGGCCUCCGUGGCCAAGGCGGCCCCCGCCCCCACCCCCGGCUCCACCAUCAACAUCAACACCUCCACCUCCAAGUUCUUAAUGAAUGUUAUAACUAUUGAAGAUUAUAAGAGCACAUACUGGCCAAAAUUGGAUGGUGCCAUAGAUCAGCUUUUAACUCAGAGUCCUGGUGACUAUAUCCCCAUAUCCUAUGAACAGAUAUACAGUUGUGUGUAUAAAUGCGUGUGCCAGCAGCACUCGGAGCAGAUGUACAGUGAUCUGAUUAAAAAGAUAACUAACCACUUAGAACGAGUCUCAAAGGAGCUGCAGGCCAGCCCUCCAGACCUCUAUAUUGAAAGAUUUAAUAUAGCUCUUGGACAAUAUAUGGGAGCAUUGCAGAGCAUUGUGCCUCUUUUCAUAUAUAUGAAUAAGUUUUACAUCGAAACCAAGCUUAACAGAGACUUAAAAGAUGACCUUAUAAAGCUGUUUACCGAACAUGUUGCAGAAAAGCACAUUUACAGCCUAAUGCCUUUACUUUUAGAAGCCCAGUCAACACCAUUUCAGGUCACACCUUCAACUAUGGCAAAUAUUGUGAAAGGCCUGUAUACUCUCAGACCAGAGUGGGUUCAGAUGGCUCCGACUCUGUUUUCUAAAUUUAUUCCAAACAUUCUCCCUCGUGCAGUGGAGUCUGAACUGUCUGAAUAUGCUGCUCAAGAUCAGAAGCUUCAAAGAGAACUUAUACAGAAUGGUUUCAUGAGACAGCUCAUCAGCCUGUGCAAGUUCCAGAGGGUACAGAUAGUGAAUGUAUUGAAUGUACUUUACUUCCUGAAAAGAGGACACUGGAACUGCAGAGACUGUGUUCCUAGCACAGUGGGGGUCCCGCAGACACUCAGGAGCCGUGUCACCAAGCUGUUCUUGGAAGAGGAUGCUGGACUUCUUACUUUGGUUUGUAAUUUAAAGAAAAAAAAACUAACAAAAACAAAACAGUUGCUGCUAGACUUGGGGAUGAUUUUGAAAUGGGACAAUCUUCUAACGAGUUUAUCUACAGAUUCCGUGAGGAACACACAUCAUGAAGAGUGACCAUUGCUAAGUGAGAUCCGGCAGCCAAAAUCAGCAGCUUCCUCCAAAAAAUAUAAGAGCAGAAUUUUUUUUUAAAGCACUUGUUUUGUUCAUUUGUGGACUUAGCACUUUGGCAUAUUGGUUUCACACAUCAAGAUGUCUUUUGCUUUAAAAUCAAGCAGAUCAUUACAAAAUACAGUAUUUUUCACCCAUAACCAAAACGACCCCCUUUAAAAACAAAAAAGAGUUGGUCUUUGUUUAGCAUUAGAAAGUCUUGUUACAGGAAAAUGCUAACUCUGCUUUCAGUAUAACUUCUCCCCUCCCCCCACCCCCAUCAGUUCAUAACUCUUUUCUACUCUGUGCCUUGAGCUUUGUGCACUUUGCAUCUCUGUGACCAUGUUGUCAAACUCACAAAUGCUUCCCGAAAAAGCUGAUGGUAUUACAGACUGACCCGCCAAGAUGUCGGGUAUGACUUCAUAGCAGGACGCUGAAAUGAGUGGGGAAAGAGACAUGCUGCACACGGGUCAGAUUUCCCCCUGCCUUGCAGUGGUGUUUUCUUGUUAAAUGUUGGGGACCAACUCUUGUAGAACAUUUCCAUUCCUCUGUCAUUUAACAGGCUCUCCCCAGCUGCUGUAGUGUUGGCAUUAUGCUAGUUUAGGGUUGGGCAGUACUUUAGCACUAAAGCUACCUUUUUAAUACUGUUGAGAAUUACCCAGUGGUCAAAGCUGGUUCCUAUGAUGCUCUAGGAAGCAGAUACGGUUAUUAAAUCCAAACAUAAUCAAUAGUGUGGUUUUCCUGAUCAGUCUCAUUUUAAAUGGGUAAGAUAAGUACUUAAAAAAGUCUGUAGUGUGUAUCUUUUAAAAGAUUAUAUUCAAGUGUCAUAGAGAAGAAGUAGCACUGCUGUUUUAAGGCUCCCUUCUGGCUCUGGCCAAGCUUGAUUUUCUAUUUCCAUACACUCACAGUGCUCUUUAGUUCCUUAGUGUUCUUUAGUCCUAUAAAAGACUCUGAAGCUUACCCUAUUGAUUUUGAAAGGCAAAGGAAAAUAGAUGCACCAAGGGAAAAAUGAUUUUCUUCUCAGUUUUGGGUAAAUCUAAAUCGAGCAUAUGCUUGACUCUUUUUGGCUUUGUUGGCUAUGUCAGACUAAUUUAUCUCUUCAGAGAACUAGAGGCAAAAAAAGAAGACAUACCAGGGAUACUGACUAUCACACUUGUGAUUUCCAGGUUGUUCAUAGAAUUGCCUCUGCCAGUUCACUUGGUCCUUUUGCAGAGAGCAGGCUCGGGGCGAGUUCGAAGUGUAGUGUUAGGAGCAAGUCAAGUCAUCGCAGAGAAAUCCUCUAUUUGUAAAAUUAGUAUUCAGAGAAGCAAAAGUUAAAGGUUGUCAGAUUUAUUUUUUUAAGUACUUAUCAACCAGAGUUGGUAGAUUUUGAGGAGGACUUGAACGUGUGCUCCCUGAAUGCUGUGAGCAUCUUGGAUUGUAUUGAUAAACACUGAAUUACUGUUAAGACUAUUAACAGGCUCUCAUUGUGCCCUGUACGGUUUGAUUUGCCACAUCAUAACAUUCUAAUGUAAAGGAAGAAUUCUCUUUUAUCAUGAAGUUCAAAUUUUAUUUUACUCAGUGGAAUGCUUGCUGCAGGCUUAUAACACCUGCAACCAAAUUCUCUCAAGUAGUUUUAAUAAUAAUAUUUCUGAAAAGGAAUGAAGUUGGAAUGUUUCAUUAAAUGUGGAUGAACUCUUCAUUAUCCUAGUAAUGUACCCAAAUGCUUUUUCUGGGAAGGAAGUAUUCUUUGGCCAACAAUGGAACCUUCCCUAUAAAAGCAUCACAUUAGGAUAUGAAUUGGCAUUAAAAUCUUUGGAUGCUUUUUGCAUUGUUUAGUUAAUGGGGGAAUAUUUUGUAUUGUCUUCUUUUUAUUGUUAUGUGUGUGUUAACAAAGUGGGCAGAGUAAAGUUUGCAGAAUUUAGUCUCUGUAAAUUUUUGCACAGUGGCUGCAGCUCGCUAUGGGUGAGGGCUUAGUGGUGCAAAGCUUUGAUUGGAAGGCACUGGAGGAACACCUCCCAGUGCAUUCAACCUGGUUCUUACUCAUCUUAGCCUUGUGAGGGAUACUGCAGUAUGAAGAAUUUAUUUCUUUAACUCAAUAUUGACCUUGCUUAUUUAAUUGGGAUUCUUAACAAAAUUCUUAGUCUGCAGUGAAGAAGUAAGAAAUGCCUCCAUUUUGUAUUGACUAACACUGUCUGCCUAAAAGUAUUUCCUUCACGUGUUCACUUGUAUUCUUGCCAGUACAGUAUGUAGUUUACACACCAUAGUUAAACACUGGCUUUUUAUGGGGCCCAAAUCAUCAAAGGCAGAAAAUUGUAAAGCAGGUUGAUCGUCUCAUGAGUCAACACAUGUAGUUGGUUUGCCAAACGGAUUAGUGUAUACAUGCAGCCUGAAACCGGACCCUCCAGAGAAAGCCAUUUCACUCACUUUGGAACGUGACACUUAACAUCAGUAGAUGAUCGUUGUUUGGAGAGAUGGUACUUAUUUUAAAGCUGGCAUUAAGCUUCAAUAUGUGUCAUCUCAUAUCCUUCUCUAGUCACAGCUGCACCCUAACCUGACUGCUGUGCUUUCUGUGGGGCAGAGAGCAAAACCUGGUGUUGUGACUCUUCACAUACUACAUCUUAGAUAAGAGUUAGUGAAAAGAGACGAGACUAAAACCUGGGCGCAUGAGUUGUGCGUUAUUAAAUUUUGUGGAAAAGUGACUUUUUCCCCUGUCCCUUUUACGAGUUGGAGGCGGUUCCCCUCCCUCCCUUCGGGGUGCGGGAUGAAAGUCAACGUGUGAGUAAGUGAGCUUGCAGACGAGUGGGCUGUGGCAGUAACGCUGCACGCACAUGUAUCCCAGUGCCACCGCUCGUGACGCUGUCACGCCUCUCGCUGCACGCCAUGCUUUCUGUCAGGUUGCAAAUUUGCACACACAAAGAAUUCCUCAGGAAGAGUUUGCACACGCAUCACCUCGCUAUAAUAUUCUGUACCGGCCAGACAAGGGAUUUAAAAGUUUUUCAGCACAAAAGGAGAACUUCAGAGUGAUGGUCUGUGCACACGGACAAACAAAGGUAAUGGUGAUCUCGCAAACACAACUGGUUUCCGGAUAAGUGAGCAGGAGCGCUUGUGUCGUAGUAUUUAAAGAAGCUGUUUACUCUCCCAGGGUCACCCUUCAGAUCUCGUCUUCUCACUGAGACUGGCUCUGUUUUCUUCUCUGUGUUUUUUAUUGCAGUUUAUUAUUUCCAUGAUUAUUACACGAGGCAUUACCCUUGAGCUAAAAUUCAAUUUUCCAAUAAGCAGCUAGUAUUAGAUAACAUUGUUCUAUGAAUAUACACUAAUCUGGGUUAUUAAAAAACUUCACAAUUAAAAAACAAAACAGAACCCUUGCAUUAGUUAUCCAGUCAUUGUUUGGAUGUUUGGGUUUUUUUUUUGUUUUUAAAUGGUAUCUCAUUGAGCUUCAGAGUAUUACUUUGACUUUAAUUCACUUUAGACCACUUAGCGGGACUUUAAAAUUUAAGAUCAGAGUAUAAAUCCCUUGACAUACACCUAGAAGAGAUUUAUAAGGACCUUUUUAGUUGUGAUUACUCUUUUCAAUAAGAUUGCACAAGGUGAAAUUUAUGUUUAUCAGAAGUUAAAACAGAGGUCAUAGUUACUCAUGGAGAAAUGGCUUUCCCAUUAUUUUCCUUACCAAGUUGAAAUUUGUCCCAGUUUCUGGCCACCAGGAUCUAUGAAAGGACCUUUGUUCUUUUCAAGGGAAAUGAUUCCUCUUCUAUUCCCACUGUUCAUUAACUAAGUCAUUGACACUUUCCCAUGUCCACUGGCCAAGACCUCAUUUCGAACCUCUUUCCAGAGCCAAGUGGCACACGUACCUAUACUAUUUCUGCUUAUGUUGGUGGAGUGGCUGUGGGAGAAUUAAAGAAAAUACUAAUCAGAGGUACAUUCUUAUAGGACCGUAGGGUAUAUUGUACCCCUGCUGAUUGGAAAUUAUCUUCAUUUCUAGUUGGAUUGCAUUGUUCAGAAAUGCAAUGUGUUAUUGGCUUAUAAUUCUGAGAAAUUGAUAGUGUGGCUCUGAGGUGAAUUCUGUGGUUUGAAAAAAAAUAAAUACUUUGUAUUCUCAAAUGUCAUUUCAAUGUUGUGACUAUGUACUAAAUGCAAUAAGACUGUGGCUGUUCUCUUCAAAGGGUGUGUCUUGUUCAACAGUUGGCAAUUUCAUUGCCCUCAUUGGCCCUGUUUGUCAAUAUUACAGCCAUGCACUUCAGGAGUUGUUGUUCAGAUGUGGUGUUGUGGGGAGCUAUGACUGGAGACAGGAAUGCUUGUGAAUAAAUGGGAGGCCAAACGCAGACAAAAUGCUUCUGCCACCCACCAGCAUAGCCAGAGCAAGGAUGAAGCGAUGAAGUCUAGUUCCUGGUGGUCCUUGUUUGUCAGAAAGCAUGGUGGAGCUUAGAACAGGGUGUUCUGUACAUUAGCUCUUUUAUGAAUCCAAGAAGAACAAAAUGGUGGAUGAAGCUCUUAUUGACUGGGGAUUCAGAGCCACUGACUUUGGCUCUCAUCUUUAACUCUUGAUGGAUUUUAAAUCACUCCUUCUGUAUUAGGGUGUAUACCAUCACUCUAAAACAUUGUGGUUAAUGAAAUAAAUCUUGUACAGAUGUC